AUGUUGGACAUGGGAGAUAGGAAGGAAGUGAAAAUGCUGCCGAAAUCCUCCUUUAGCAUAAACAGCCUGGUGCCCGAAGCCGUCCAGAGCGACAACAACCACAGCAGCCACAGCCACCACAACAGCCACCACCCCCACCACCAUCACCACCACCACCACCACCACCACCACCCGCCGCCGCAGCAGCCCCAGCGAGCCGCCGCGGCCGAGGAGGAGGACGAGGAGAAGGGCCAGCUCCUCCUGCCGCCCCCCGCCGCCGCCGCCUCCGGCGCCCUGGAGGUAGCCAAGGCGGACAUGCUGGCGGGCAAAGGCGACGCGGGCGCGGCGGCGGCGGCGGCGGAGCUGGAGGAGAAGGAGAAGGCGGCGGAGGAGAAGAAGGGGGCGGCGGAGGGGGCCAAGGACGGGGAGAGCGGGAAGGAGGGGGAGAAGAAGAACGGCAAGUACGAGAAGCCGCCGUUCAGCUACAACGCGCUCAUCAUGAUGGCCAUCCGCCAGAGCCCCGAGAAGCGCCUCACGCUCAACGGCAUCUACGAGUUCAUCAUGAAGAACUUUCCCUACUACCGGGAGAACAAGCAGGGCUGGCAGAACUCCAUCCGCCACAACCUCUCCCUCAAUAAGUGCUUCGUCAAGGUGCCCCGCCACUACGACGACCCGGGCAAAGGGAACUACUGGAUGCUGGACCCCUCCAGCGACGACGUCUUCAUCGGGGGCACCACCGGCAAGCUCCGCCGGCGCUCCACCACCUCGCGGGCCAAGCUGGCCUUCAAGCGGGGCGCCCGGCUCACCUCCACCGGACUGACAUUCAUGGAUAGGGCAGGAUCCUUGUACUGGCCUAUGUCCCCCUUCCUCUCACUGCACCACCCCCGGGCCAGCAGCACUUUGAGUUACAAUGGGACCACGUCCGCCUACCCCAGCCACCCCAUGCCCUACAGCUCAGUGUUGACUCAAAACUCCUUGGGAAACAACCACUCCUUUUCCACGUCUAAUGGGUUAAGUGUUGAUAGACUAGUCAAUGGAGAGAUUCCUUAUGCCACUCAUCACCUCACAGCAGCAGCUCUGGCCGCCUCAGUGCCGUGUGGCUUGUCAGUUCCCUGCUCCGGCACCUAUUCCCUAAACCCCUGCUCUGUAAACCUCCUAGCAGGACAGACGAGUUACUUUUUCCCCCAUGUUCCUCACCCUUCAAUGACUUCUCAAAGCAGCACUUCAAUGACGGCCAGGGCAGCCUCCUCCUCCACGUCGCCACAGGCGCCCUCCACUCUCCCCUGUGAGUCCUUAAGACCUUCUUUGCCAAGUUUUACAACGGGACUUUCCGGAGGACUUUCUGAUUAUUUCACACAUCAAAAUCAGGGGUCUUCUUCAAACCCUUUAAUACAUUAA